AUGGCUAUGAGUGGGUCAAGAGUCCAUCCUGCUGAUGAAAUGAGUAUAUCUGCCAUCAGUUAUGGUGGUCCUGGUAUGUCUCGAAUGUUGUACUCUGAGCCAGAACCAGAACCAAGUCGACUAAGAUCCACAACUCUCGAAGAUGCCAAAUGGUCUGAAAUGCGAAAGAAAGCUGGUUUCAGAAGAUAUCCAAAAGAAAAAAUUGAAUCAUCACCUAAAAAUAAGAUUGAGUUGCUUAGAUCCUUUGUGCGUGAAAAUUUUCAUCAAAAGGAAUGUAUGAAGUUUGUACCUAAACUAAACCAAAAAGUCAAUAAAGUUAGAGAUCUCAAAUGUCAUUGUGGUGAAAUAUUACGUUUCCAUGCUGCUAUCAAAACUGAUAAAUAUGACAAACAAACUCCCAUCUCAGCUUCUUUUGUAGUGCCUGAAGAACUGAAAUCAAUUGUAAAUAAGGAAUACUCUCCAGCAAAAAACGAUAUACCUCAAGAUAUUCCUUGGACUCCUGAAGAGGAUUUACAAAUAUCAACAACAGCCAGUUAUGGCAAAAUAAGUUUUGAAGUAGAACAAAUAGGAGGUCAGAAGCCAGCAAAGUAUGUUAGAAUCAGUGAUGAUGAUAGUGUAAUUAAAGUUCUAGAUAUGAUGAGAGAUCAUUGGAGAAUCAUGGAUCCCAAACCACCUAAUCUAGUCAUAUCUGUAGUAGGUGGAGCCAAAAACUUUCGACUGGAUGGCAGAAUGAGAGAUACAUUUUCCACUGGUUUAAUAAAAGCUGCUAAAACUACCUCAGCAUGGUUAAUAACAUCAGGUUUUAAUAUGGGUGUCAUGAAAGCUGUAGGACAGGCAGUUCACGAAGGUCAAACUUUCCUCUGGGAUGAUGACAGAAUGACUCAUCUAAUAAGGUGUAUUGGUAUUGCACCCUGGGGCUAUAUUCGUGGAAGACAUGUUUUAGAGAGCGAGGAUACACAGGGAAGUUUCAAUGCCUCCUAUCGACCAUCUAAUGUUAUUCUUCAUGGUAGACCUGUACCAUUAAAUCCUGACCACACUCAUUUCAUAUUUGUUGAUGAUGGCUAUAGAAACAGAUAUGGUGGUGUGGCUGAUUUUAGAGCCAAAUUUGAAAUGCAGGUGUCAAAGGACAAACAUUCUGGAGGAUUAGGUAUACCAGUAGUAUUAGUGGUAGUAGAAGGUGGAACUGAUGCUAUACUAGAUGCUCAGAGAUCAUUAGAAGAAGGUACACCAGUUGUAGUCUGUGCUGGUACUGGUAGAGCUGCCGAUAUUUUUGCCUAUGCUUUUAAACAUGUCACAUGGAAAGGACUAGGUUUAGGGAGACUUGUUAAUCCACGUGAGAGGAAACAUCAUAUAAUAACAUGCUCCUGGAAGUCCAGUGAUAAACAAGAAUCAGAAAGUCAAAGAUAUCUAGAUAUUGUUGAGAAAUGUUGUAUUCAUAAUGAAGAUCUGAUCUAUGUUUUCCAUAUGAAUAAACAUGAAGAUUUAGAUUUAGCUAUUUUAUCUGUUUUAUUAAAAGCCAAACGAAACAGAAAUCAAGGUAACAGAUUAGAGCAGCUACAUCUAGCACUGACAUGGAAUAGAGCAGAUAUAGCACAAAGUGAAAUAUUUCGGGAAGAUGUCAAUUGGGAAAAAGGAAGUUUAGAUGAAAUAAUGACUAAAGCUAUAUUAGAAGAUAAAGUAGAUUUUAUCAAGUUAUUAUUAAAUCAAGGAGUAGUCAUGAAAGAAUAUCUGGUUGUUAAAAGAUUAGAGGAACUAUAUAGUAAGAUUUCUAAGAAUACCCACCUAUUUAAACUGCUGAAACGGGAAACUGGCGGGAAAGAACAAUUUACAUUAAAAGAUAUCGGAAAAUAUUUAAAAGCCUUACUGGAUAAAUUUGAUGAUGAUAAAUAUACUGAAAAACACCCACACGAUCCCUUUAAACAAAUACAGAUAUUUCACCGCAAAAAACAUCAAGGAAGUGAAUUAUUUACUGAAGACAAACCUAAUUCUGACAGUGCUGCUCAAUUUACUUGUCCUUAUAAACAUCUCCUUAUAUGGUCAGUUCUGAUGAAUAGGUUAGCAUAUAGUGAUAAGUUAUGUCACUUUUAG